AUGCUCAUCCAUCUCACCGGCACUAAGCAUUGGCCUUCCCACCGGCCGCAAACAUUGCGCCAUCCCACAUCCGUUUCCGCCGCGAGGAUCUCCUGCAUCUCCUCAUAUAAAUCCCUCCUUGCUUCGUCACCUGCCCUGCCCCAUCGCUCUGCCGUCGUCGUCAGCAUCAACACCCACUCCAUCAUGACUGUCCCCGCCUUCACUGCUCCAGCCCCGGGCCUGCUCUCGGCCACCGCCCGCCCCACCCUGAGUCUCUCGCCGUCCUCCAGCGCCUUCCGCGGCGCCCCCCUCGCCCGCGUUUCCCCCCGCCUGCCCGCCCACGUCGCUCCCCGCGCGCAAGUGCGCGCCACAGCCGUCUCGCAAGUCGCUGUCGAUGACCUUGUCGAGCUGCUUGUUCCGGAGUCGCAGCGCCCCGCCAAGCACACUGAAGCCGAAGGCCUGCCCUCCGUCGCUGUAUCCGACAUCGAUAUGCAGUGGAUCCACGUCUUGUCUGAGGGCUGGGCCUCUCCACUGCGCGGCUUCAUGAGGGAGCAGGAGUAUCUGCAGUGCCUGCAUUUCAACAGUCUGCGCCAGCCGGAUGGCUCCGUUGCCAAUAUGUCAGUCCCGAUUGCGCUCGCCAUCAACGAUGAGCAGAAGAAGGAACUCGACGGGAAGAAUGCCUUCGCCCUCAAGAGCCCGGAGGGAAAAGUUGUCGCUAUUUUGAGAAACUUUGAGAUCUACGAACACAACAAGGAGGAGAGGUGCGCUAGGACCUUCGGUCUCACGGAUGAGAGGCAUCCGUAUGCCGAGAUCAUUUACAACAGCGGUGACUAUCUUGUUGGUGGUGAUCUCGAAGUUUUGGAGCCCAUCAAGUACGGUGACGGGUUGGACGAGUUCCGUCUCUCGCCAAGACAGCUGCGUGAGGAGUACAAGAAUCGCAACGCCGACGCAGUCUUCGUCUUCCAACUGCGCAACCCAAUCCACAACGGGCACGCUCUGCUCAUGACUUCGUGCCGCGAGGAGCUUAUCUCACGCGGCUUUAAGAACCCCAUCCUCCUUGUGCAUCAGAUCGGUGGCAAGGUCAAGGGGGACGAUAUCCCGCUCGAGGUCCGUAUCGCUCAGAACAAGCGCGUUCUCGCCGAGGGAGUACUCGAUCCCAAGUCUACCUUGCUCGGCAUCUUCCCGAGCCCUAUGUUGUAUGCCGGCCCCACAGAAGUGCAGUGGCACGCCAAGGCUCGCAUGAACGCUGGUUGCCAGUACUAUAUUGUUGGACGUGACCCUGCAGGAAUGAAGCAUCCCAAUGGCGAACGUGACAUGUUUGAUCCGUGGCACGGGAAGAGUGUCCUCAGCAUGGCCCCUGGUCUGGAAAAACUCGAAAUUUUGCCCUUCAGGGUUGCCGCGUAUGACAAGACUACCAGCAAGAUGUCCUUCUUCGACCCGUCCCGCCUUGACGACUUCGAGUUUAUCUCGGGUACCAAGAUGCGAAAGUUUGCAGCCGCAGGAGAUACCCCUCCUGACGGCUUCAUGGCUCCCACGGCCUGGAAGGUCCUUGUUGACUACUAUGCCAGCAAGAAGUAA